AUGGCACACCUGCUGGGCGGCCAGGCGUGCAUGGACAGCCUGCGCAAGGACCUCACUGACCUGCAGGGCGCCAUCGUGGACGUCUUCUCGCACGCAGGGCCUGUGCGCUUCCCCUCCUGGAAGUUCCCCGACCGGGUGGCCUGCGACCUGGACAUGGUGGCCCUGCUGGAGCACUAUGACCAUGUGCCUGGCGACCCAGAGUUCACACAGCUGUCGCAUGCUGUAUUGCUGGAGCUGGUCAUCGACAGGCUCCUCCUGCUGCUUCAGAGCUGUGCCAGCUACCUAGAGAACCUUGGCUCGGAGCAAUCGAUGCCCCCUGUCCAGGCCACGGGGCCCUGCAUGUCUGUGGGGCUCACAGUGCGGCGCUUCUGGACCAGCCUGCUGCGGGUGGGCAUGCUCUACCAGCAGGUUGAUCCCCAGAAAAGGGAAAACCAGGGGGAGACUCCCACCUCCAAACCCACAGCCAAGGGUGAACCAGCCAGGAGUCCAGAAUUGAUAACUGCCAAGUUCGUCACGCAGCCUUCCCCACAGCCAGGCAUAACUCAGACCUGCCAAGAGCCGGACUCUGUUAGAGUCUCCCUGCAACGCCUAGCCAGACCCACCAAGAAUACCAGGAGUGUCCACUCGCAGACGAUCGAGACAGCCCUGGUGCCCUGUGACGCGUGCACCAGCAUCCAGGGCAGCCUGCGCGAAGUGGGCAAGGGGGUCAUCAGCCUCUGUCAUGGCCAGAACCUGCCCUCAUCCUUAGGCCAGUUCCAGCAGCUGGUACAGGACAGCAUGGGGCUCAGGCCGCUGCCAGCAGCCACUGUGGGCCGCUGGGUGGCAGAGCAGAGCAAAGACCUGGUGCGCCUCAGCAAGCACAUGGGGAGCCUCACUCAGCUUGUGGGGACCCUCAGGGCCCAGCUGGAGGAGGCUGAGGCACGGAAGGAUGGGCUGAGCAAGCAGGUGGGCGAGCUGGAGCAGGCGCUGAGGCAGGAGCAGGAGGCGCUGCGGCGGCAGGCGGAGGAGGGCGAGCAGCGCCUGGCGGCGUGGGACAGCGACAGGCAGCAGCUGCUGGCAGAAACAAGUGAUCUAAAGUCAAAGAUGACCAUCCUAGAGGGAGAGCUGAAGCAACAUCAAGAGUCCACACAGGCUGCAGAGGCAAAGGCACAGCAACUGCAGGUGGAGACAGAGCUCCGGGCAGCCGCUGAGAAGCAGGUACAGCAGCUGGAGGGGCAGGUGCAACUGCUGGCCGGGCGGCUGGACGGGGCCAGCCAGCAGAUCCGCUGGGCCAGCACUGAGCUGGACAAGGAGAAGGCCCGUGUUGACAGCAUGGUUCGCCACCAGGAGUCCCUGCAGGCCAAACAGAGGUCCCUGCUACAGCAGCUUGACAGUCUGGACCAGGAGCGUGAGGAGCUGCGGGGCAGCCUAGAUGAGGCAGAGACGCAGCGCGCGCACGCGGAGGGACAGCUGCAAAGCCUUCAGAGCGAGAAGGAGCAGGGGCAGUGCCAGCUCCGGGCCCAGCAGGCGACGACUGACCUCAGGCUGACCAUCUCGGAGCUACAGCGGGAGCUCCUGGACCUGAAGGAAAGAGAGCGGCUGCUGGUGGCCUUCCCCGAUCUGCAUGGUCCCCUCGAGCCCCAGAUCCAAAGCACUGGCAACGUCACAGAUGAUAUGGAGAUGCAGGUUGAGGCCAACAACGUCCGCAUCCGCGUCCUGCAGGAGGAGAAUGGGCGGCUCCAGGCCAUGCUGUCCAAAAUCCGGUCGGUGGCCCAACAGGGAGGCCUCAAGAUGAUGCCCCAGGACCAGCUCUGGUCCCCCCUCAUCAAAGGAAACUCAGGAACAGCACAGCCAGCCAAGACUCGGAGACCUUCCCCACGGGGCCUGGGCAGGCGGCCCUCGCCUGCCACCAGGACCAGCAGUGCAGGCAGAACACUUGCAGGCCAGCCCCUAGCAUCGCCUCUUCAGCCGCCUGGCAGCCAGCUCAGCAAGACCUCCCAAGGGGAGCCCGUGUCCCAGUCAGCCAUCUGCUCCCAGAACCCCAUGCGCGCUUUGGCCAGCCUGAGGCGGCGGCUCUCACCAUGCCGAGGCCCGGCCAGCUCUGCACAUCAGCCCCAGGAGCGGCCCAAGUAG